UUCGCCCCGCCCCCAUUGUGUCCCCCAUUUAAUCAGGUUGGCAUGAGGGCUGCAAAAGCCUUUCAGCUCCGGCAAACGAAGGGAAAACUGAGGGAGAGGCGACGGUUGCCUGAAGGCUUUCCAGAGGCCCUACGUUGUUUGCCUCAAGGGGCGAUUCUUGGUCUUGAGAUGAGGAGGAGGCUGCCUUCGCUCCCUCUCCCAAUUCCCCCGAAGGUGGAGGCGGCCCGCUCUGGUCGUGACGAGGAUCGGUAGCUGAGGCGCGGCGACCUUUGCCUCAGAGAGGCAUCGUUUGGGGAAGGCAGGCGGCGGCGGCGGCGGCAGGGGCAGGAGGAGCGGCCGCGCCUACGCGGGCGAGAGAGAAAGCGCCUGAAGAUGGCCAGCGAGACCGACACGACUGAAGUGAGGGAACGGCACAGGUUUGACCAAGGAGCCUUGGAGAGAUACCUCCGCCAGCAUCUGCCAGGCUUCCCUCCGCAGCCUUCCGAAGCUCUGACGGUCCGGCAGUACAGCUCAGGGCAGUCAAACCCAACUUUCUACUUGAAAAAAGGCGUGAGAACCUAUGUCCUCAGGAAGAAGCCCCAUGGUCCUCUCCUACCUCGGGCCCACAAGGUUGACAGGGAAUAUCAGGUUCAGAAAGCCUUGUUUGCAUCUGGAUUUCCAGUUCCUGAACCCCUUUUAUAUUGCAAUGAUAGUUCUGUAAUUGGAACAGAAUUCUAUGUGAUGCAGCAUGUACAGGGUCGUAUUUUUCGAAACAUAGCACUACCUGAAGUAAGCCCAGCAGAAAGAUCUGCCCUGUAUGUGGCUCUAAUAGAAACUCUGGCCCGACUGCAUUCAUUUGAUGUGAAGUCAAUGGGACUUCAAGAUUAUGGACGAGGACCAGGUUACUGUAAGAGACAGGUAUCUGCAUGGAAAAGACAGUACCAAGCAGCCACUCAUACUGACAUCCCGGCUAUGAAUGAGUUAGCAGAAUGGUUAAGAAAUAACAUUCCAGCUGAUGAUUAUGAAGAAAAACUGGUUCACGGAGAUUUUAGAUUAGAUAAUGUAAUAUUUCAUCCAAGAGAGGCUCGUAUCAUAGCAGUUCUGGACUGGGAACUUUCAACUAUUGGGCAUCCUCUGGCAGACUUGGCUUAUAUUCUUGCUUUCUACCUUUGGCCUAGAACUCUUGCACGUGUGCACACACAGAAUUUACAGAGUAUAUGUGGCAUUGCAGGAAUUCCUUCAUUUGAAGAACUGACGAUGGUUUACUCUCGCUGCAGGGGUACCAGCAUUAACUUGUCCAACCUGAAUUUUUUUCUUUCACUUUCAUAUUUUAAACUUGCUUCAAUCAGCCAGGGUAUAUAUGCCAGAUAUAACUUGGGAAAUUCCUCUGCAGAAACCAGCUCUCAAUAUGGCAAGCUGGUGAAACCCUUGGCAGAAACCGGAUUACAGUUAACAAAAAAAACACAGUUGACCACUGACAUUCAGCCUUGUAGUGGAGGAGAAUUGUUUUGCCAGUCCAAAGAAGGCAGAGAAGUACUCCAGAAAGUGAAGGAGUUCAUGGAAAAAUAUGUUUUUCCAGCAGAAAAGGAAAUGGUAGAAUAUUAUGCCAAAACUAAGCAUUCACCAGAUGCAUGGAAAAAGCCUGCUGUGAUUGAAAGUCUGAAGGCACAGGCCAAAGCAGAGGGGCUCUGGAACCUUUUCCUGCCAGCGAUUAGUGGUCUUGGCCAGGUUGACUAUGCGUUAAUUGCAGAAGAGACAGGAAAGUGCUACUUUGCUCCUGAGGUCUUCAACUGUCAAGCACCAGACACAGGAAACAUGGAGGUCCUGCACUUGUAUGGGACAGAAGAACAGAAGAAACAAUGGCUGGAUCCUCUCCUGGAUGGGACAAUUAAUUCUUGUUUCUGCAUGACAGAACCUGAUGUUGCUUCCAGCGAUGCUACCAAUAUCCAGUGCAGCCUUCAGAGAGAUGGAGACAGCUAUAUAAUUAAUGGCAGGAAGUGGUGGAGCAGUGGAGCUGGAAAUCCAAACUGCAAAUUUGCUAUUGUGAUGGUCAAAGAUAAAAAUACAUCCGCAUCCAGAUAUAAGCAGCACAGUAUGAUAAUUGUGCCAAUGGAUACACCCGGAGUAAAACUUGUAAGGCCUCUUUCAGUUUUUGGAUAUCUUGAUUAUUUUCACGGGGGACAUUUCGAAGUCCAUUUUAACAACGUUCGAGUGCCAGCCUCCAAUUUAAUACUUGGAGAAGGAAGAGGAUUUGAAAUAGCACAAGGAAGACUUGGUCCAGGCCGCAUCCACCAUUGUAUGCGAUCAAUAGGCGCGGCUGAAACUGCUCUACGGAUCCUGUGUGAGCGUGCAGCACAGAGGACAACAUUCAGCAAGAAGUUGUACCACCAUGAAGUUGUGGCUCACUGGAUUGCAGAAUGCCGUAUCGCUAUUGAACAGGCAAGACUGCUUACGCUGAAAGCGGCCAACAAAAUAGAUACACUGGGCAGCAAAGAAGCCAGAAAAGAGGUUGCUAUGAUCAAAGUAGUAGCACCCCGAGCAGUCCUGAAAGUGAUUGAUUGUGCCAUUCAAGUGUGUGGAGGUGCUGGAUUCUCUGAAGACUUCCCAUUAGCACAAAUGUUUGCUCAUAUUCGAACAUUACGUGUAGCUGAUGGACCUGACGAAGUUCACCUCUCGGCAAUCGCAAAGGUAGAAUUGCUCGAUCAAGCCAAGCGGCUAAAUGCCCAUCUUUAACAUUAGCUUCUGUUUGGUUGCUGCAGCAGAGCAAUUUGUGGUUCUGAUCUUUUCUUCUGCUAAAACUUAAACUGGAAACAUCUCCCAGUGAAAAAUGAUAGAAGCUAACUGAAAUGUGGACAUUCCAAUUUUGACAUAGCUCACCUCCAUCUCCAAAUGUUCUGAUUGUGAAACUGCCAAUUUUAGAUUUUUCUUACCUAAGCUUUAACUUGACAGUACUCAUUACUUUUGCUACUGCUGUAAUUCCUGUACACAAAAUGGCUUCACUAAAACAGGUGUAAUCCUGAUAUUUUACUUUUUGGGUCAUUUAAUCCAAAUACUCCUAAAAGAGGAGACACUGAAGACUUGCCUCAAUGCAAUUUGAAAUCUUCUCUGGCAGUUGGGAUUGCAAACAAUUUUCAGUAUGAAUAUUCCUGCUUACUGGCACAGCGGAUCUUAUAUAAGGUACUGUAUUCCUGUAACAUUUAAUUAAUGGUAAUAAAAAGGCACGGUAAUAAAAAGGCAUGGACACACAGCCAUUAGUUUACUUCAUUUGAAAUGUAUUAAAUAAAUUAUCCAGUUAACAGGAUACUCUACUAAUCAUAAUCAAAAUUCUGCAGUGCCACAGAAAAGGCACCUUUUAUGUCCUAGUCUAUGUUGCCUUGAAUAGUCUGAGAGAAAGGUGGUUUAUAAACUUAAAGAUGACUUCUCAUGACAAAAAAUACCAGGGGGACAUUCAUCAUCAUUAGUACUAAGAACAGGAAAUGUGUUAUUUUAUUUUUUAAAUGCUGUUUUAAAUACAUAUCCAUUGCUCUUCUUAAUUUACCAGCAGUGAAUCUAGUUGUAUUAAAAUACAAAAAUAUAUUCAACUAUAACUAUUAAACAAAUGCUAUUUUUAACAUCCUGGA